CGAUCAUAAUAAUAAUAGCAUCAUCUUAACUUAAGGUCUUUUCGCCAUGUGGCUGAGGAAGCCACUAGCCUCACGCGCCACAGUAGUUCUCCAGUAGAACCAGCGGAAAAUCUGAGCACCGACUCAUUUAGUACAGUGAUUUUGUCGACGAAUACACCCUUUUUUAAUUUUUCUGUUGUUGUUGUCUCGAACAAUUGAGCAUUUCAAACUGCCACAUCUAUAUUGUAGGGACCAUGCUGCGAUGACAGAGACUACCAAGCGCCUGCACAUCACUCCUCUCACCCCGGAGCUGCUCGACUCUGUUCUCGCGCCCUCGGUGCGUCCCUCCGCAACAGACGUCUCGUUCCACUCGAUCCAGACCUUUCCUGAGAACAGCUACGGCUACGUGACCCUUCCCACAAUGGAGGCAGACAAACUGAAGAAGAAGCUGCACGGCUCCAUCCUCAAGGGCAAAAAAUUCAAGGUCGAGGAGGCUCGUCCGAAGAAACGAUCCCGCGAGGAGGAAAAGGACGAAGAGGCGGCGGGAAAACAACCAACGCCCGAAAAGAAAAAAUCGAAGAAGCGGAAGUCAGAAAACGGGGUUCUGGAGGGCUAUGAACUACCAUCAGAUCGCCACGUGAAGAGAGGCUGGACGGAGCCUGCCAGUGCCAAGAAAGAGAAGCGCCAGAAGGGCGACAAGAAGAGACAGAAGGAUGACAAGAAGCCCAAGACGCAGGCCAAAUCCAAGUAUACGGAAAAUGCAGAGUGUCUCUUCCGGACCAAGACUCCCGCCAAUCGAACCUCCGUGGAGCCACCUGAGCAGAAGAAAGAGAAAAAGUCCAAGAAGACGAAGGCUCCCAACGAAGUCACCGUUCACGAGUUCUCGAAGACUGUGACGCACCCGUCAUUCCUACGAGCUGAGGCUGGAUCAAACAGCGUGUCAACGGAGUUUGUAGAAGGCAAGGGCUGGGUCGAUAGCGAAGGAAAUGUGAAAGAGCCGGCCAGUGAGAAGAUCACAAAGAGCAGCAAAAAGCCAGGGCAGAAGGAGGGUGUCAAGGCCACCGUUAAGUCGAAGAAGGAGUCAUCAGAAGUGUCCACAGAAACAUCUAAGAAGAUCAAGAAAGCAACAAAGGCGGAAGAGUCAAGUGAGGAGUCGGACACGGAUUGGACGUCAUCCAGUGGCUCCUCGGAUGAAGAAUCAUCAGAUUCAGAGAGCGAAGAUGUCUCUGCUGACACCUCCGCUGAAGAGGCUUCCGAUGGCGAAAAUGAAAAAUCCGAUGCAUCGUCAGAAGCUGAAGACAAACCCGCUUCUGGCAAUAAGGACAACUCUUCUGUUGCAGAUUCCGAUGAGAAUAAAGGUGACGAUUCGAAAGAGAAACCCCCCGCGGAGGAAAAGACUGAAGUCCACCCGUUGGAGGCCCUCUUCAAACGACCUGCCCCGAAGGAGGCAGAGAAGGACAAGGCCCCGGAAGAAAAUACACAAUUUACCUUCUUUGGCGGAGAGGAUAUGGAGGACGAAGAUGGUGAUAUUGAGAUGGCGACUGUCGAACCGCAGACUCCAUUUACGAAGAGGGAUCUCCAGGAACGUGGUCUACGAAGCGCCGCACCUACUCCCGAUACUGCUCUGCCUAACCGAACCACAUUCAUAACGCAUGACGACGACGAGGAGGAGGAGGAGGAGGAGGAUGAAGAGGGAGAUGAUGAAGAAUACUACGAAAAGUCAUCCACGAAAGAUGCCGAUAGGACAAAUGAUUCAGGUCCGAAGGACGAGAGUGACUUUGCCAAGUGGUUCUGGGAGCAUCGGGGUGAGAACAAUCGCGCGUGGAAAAAAAGGAGACGGGACGCUGCCAAGGAGAAGAGGCAGAGAGAGAAUCGGAAGAAGGGACUCAAGGGGCGGUCGUGAUGCUAUAGCAGAAUGUCUUCUUAUAGACGGCGAUAACUAUAUAUACCAUAGAAAUUAAUGAAUGCCCCUUUUUAUAAGAUUUGAACCAAAAUUCCCAGCGGAUUUUUACCCGGAAGGGGAUCAAAGAACCCAAUGGAGGGAGGAUAUUGAAGACGAAAUAUAC